AUGUCGGCUGCCGAGUAUUACAACGUCGGGCCAGACUAUCACCGGCAACAGCCGCAACAGCAGUAUCAGUCUCCUCCCCCACAAAUCUAUGCUCAGCCUCAGUACCCUCAGGCUUCUCAUGGACCACCCCCUCAGGUCUACUACCCUCCUCAGCAGCCUAUGCAGAUCCCCGCCCAGCCCCAACAUCCGCCGAAGAAAUCGUCGGGCGGCGGUGUAGACGAGGCCUGUGAGUGUUGUCCCAGCCGUAUCGUCGACAUGGCCCUUAACGUGGGCUCUUGA